CUGUCAUCGGGAUUCCCUCUCUGUUUACCUACCUACCUAGGUAUACUCUACCACCACCACCACCACCACCACCACCCAGCACCACCACUAGUACCACUUCCAACAUCACGACUCAUCAUCCGUCACCGUACAUCCAUUCCAUCCAUUCCAUCCAUGCACAGACGAGAUCGGCUUUUGCUUCCACUUGUCUGGUUCACCACCACCUGCACCAUUCCUCUCUAGGGUACCACUUCCUUUCCUUGUCUUCUUCUCUUUCUUCAUUUUCUUCUUCUUCGUCAUCGGUACUGUUUAUGAUAUAACCUCGUGAACCUCUCCCUCCCUCUCGGAGGCAUCUCUCUCAGACUCUGUCCCCUUCGACAACAACAACAACACACGCGCGCGCCGUCCGCCAUCGGCGCAAUCUCGUGACGACAUCAUGUCGGCCUCCGGUCAGGACAAGGUCCAAAACCAACCUCCCAACUCGGCGUCGGGUCUGGUCAGCACCUUCGUGCCUGCCGUCGCCGUCGCCGGAGCCUACCUUCUCGUCUUCCUCAUCUUCAGGACGAAAUUCCCGCGCUUCUACUCCCCGCGAUCCUUCUUGGGCACGUUGCCCAAGGAAUCGCGCUCGCCGAAAUUGAACAAUGGCCUGUUCAAUUGGUUCGGCCAGUUCUUCAGAAUCGACGAUCAAUACGUCCUCAAUCACCACACCAUCGAUGGCUUCCUCCUGUUGCGCUUCCUCAAGCUCUCCGUCCUCACCUGCUUCGUCGGUUGCCUCAUCACCUGGCCUGUCUUGUUCCCCGUCAAUGCCACGGGUGGUGGAGGUCAACAGCAGCUCGAUAUCCUCAGCUUGUCCAACGUCACCAACAACUACUUCAAACUGUUCGCGCACGCCGGCUGUGCUUACCUGUUCUUCGGCUUCAUCAUGUACAUGAUCACCCGCGAGAGCAUCUACUACAUCAACCUCCGCCAGGCCUACCUCAUGUCGCCUUCCUACGCCAACCGCAUCUCCUCCCGCACCGUCCUGUACACGUCCGUUCCGGAGGAGUUCAUGGACGAGGCCGCUCUGCGACGCGUCCUCGGCGAGGGCGUCCGCCACGUCUGGUUCGCGACCGACGUCGAAGAGUUGGAAGAGAAGGUCGAGGAGCGUGACAAGACCGCCUUGAAGCUGGAGGCCGCCGAGGUCAAGCUCAUCACCACCGCCAACAAGAACCGUCUGAAGGAGGCCAAGAAGACCCAGAAGAAAUCCAAGAAGGACAAGUCGGAAGCCCCCGUGGAGAGUGACGCGGCCGCCGUCGAGGCCGGUGGACAGUCCGGCGACAAGUACUUGACCGCCAAGGACCGUCCGACCCACAAGCUCAAAUUCCUCAUCGGCAAGAAGGUCGACACCAUCGAUUGGUGCCGCAGCGAAUUGCAGAAGCUCAUCCCCGAGGUCGACGCUCUGCAGGCCAAGCACAGGGCUUUCGAAUCGACCAAGCUCAACUCCGUCUUCGUCGAGUUCGAUACCCUCAUCCACGCACAGGAGGCCUACCAGAGCCUCACUCACCACCAAGCCCUUCACAUGUCCCCCCGCUUCGCGGGCAUGACCCCCGGCGAGGUCAUCUGGAACAACCUCAAGAUCCGCUGGUGGGAGCGGGUCAUCCGCGGCCUCGUCGCGACCGCGUUGGUCGUCUUCAUCAUCAUCAUCUGGGCUCCUUUCAUCGCCGUCGUCGGUGCCAUCUCCAACAUCAACAAGAUUAUCGAGACCCUGCCUUUCUUGAGCUUCAUCAACAAACUCCCUCCAUCGAUUCUGGGUGUCGUCACCGGUCUGUUGCCCACCGUGAUCUUGGCCGUCCUCCUCGCGCUCGUACCCGUCAUCAUGCGUCUGUUGGCCAAGGUCAGCGGUGCUCCCACCAAGAGCGCCGUCGAACUGCAAGCGCAGAGCUACUUCUUCGGGUUCUUGGUCUUCGACGGUUUCAUCGUCUUGACCUUGUCCAGCGGUGCCCUGGCUUCGAUCCAAUCCAUCAUCGACCAGCCGAGCUCCGCGGCCAGCCUGCUCGCCAAAUCCCUCCCGACCGCCAGCAACUUCUACAUCAAUUACUUUGUCCUGCAAGGUUUGGCUUCCGUCGCCGGCAUCCUGUUGAGUCUGGUCGGCCUCGUCCUCUUCCUCGUCCUCGGCAAAUUCCUCGACAACACCCCUCGCAAGAUGUACAAGCGAUGGAUCACCCUCAGUGGUCUCGGAUGGGGUACCGAAUUCGCCAAGUACACCCUGUUCCUGGUCAUUGCCAUCUGCUACUCUUGCAUCGCUCCCCUGGUCCUCGGGUUCGCCACCGUCGGUCUCCUCUUCUUCUACCUGGCAUACCGAUACAACCUCCUCUUCGUCGCCAACGCCGACAUCGACUGCAAGGGCCUCAACUACCCCAGGGCUCUGCAGCACGUCUUCGUCGGUCUGUACGUCGCCGAGGGGUGCUUGAUCGGCCUCUUCGCCAUCGCCACCGGCACCAGCGUCGGCGCCAUCGGCCCGCUGAUCCUGAUGAUCAUCCUGUUGGUCUUCACCGUCCUCUACCAGUCCAGCCUGAACGCCGCCCUCGGUCCCCUGAUCACCUACCUCCCGAAGUCCAUCGCGGCCGAGGAGGACCGCCUCCAGUCCCUCGAGCGGGGCACCGCCAACCACGUCUCCAACGGCGCCACCUCCGACCCCGUCGAGGCCGGCAUCCCCACCGCCGAGAAGACCCCCUCCAACGCCCCGGCCACCAUCCAAGCCCCUCCGGCCGGCAAGAAGGCCGGCCUCUUCGCCCGAUUCCUGCGACCGGACGUCCACUCCGGCUACGCCUCCAUGCGCGCCCUCGUGCCCCGCAACAUCUCGGUGCAGUACCCCGAGGAGAUCGGCCGCGACGCCUACUACCACCCGGCCGUCCGCAGCGAGACCCCGCUGCUGUGGAUCCCCCGCGACCGGCUCGGCCUCAGCGCCCGCGCCGUCCGCGACUCCGGCAAGGUCAUCCCCAUCACCGACGAGGCCGCCGCGCUGGACCCCGACACCAACAAAAUCCUCUGGGACACCGAGAGGCACGCCCACCCGCCCAUCUACGAGGAGAAGAUUUACUAUUAGAGGAGCGAAGCGGAAUCAUGGAGGCAGGCAGGCAGGCGGGUCAUUGUCUUAAUUCGGUGCAGGCGUGGGAGGGAGGUCCUUGUCCCCUCGUCCAGCAUCGCCAUCGCCACCAUCAUCGCUCUCUCGUUUCGAUCAUUGUCGUCCUCAUUAUUGUUCUUAUUAUUAUUAUACUCCGUCGUGAUAUCCAAUUGCAAACCGCAAAUCGAAAUUCCCCAGAGGAAAGAAACAAUGGUCUUUCCCGGGAAAAUCCUCGGCGGUUUUCCAUGCAACGUCUUCUUUUCGUGUUUUUCUUCUUUUCCUCCGUGGGAAGUGAUCGUGUUCUUCUUCUUCUCUCUUUCUGUCUGGCUUGUGUUUUAUUUCUGUUUCUCACCUCUUUGCAACUCGUCUCGUCUCGUCUCGCCCCGUAGUGAAAAAGAAAUUACCAUUGAUCAGGAAUGUAACUUAUCGCAGCCCUGUGAUAAUAACUACCUA